CCAGCGGGUUCCGUUGGCCGUGGCUGCCGCGGAGGCUGUGGCGGCGGCGGCCGCCGGGCGGGCGUAAGAUGGCGACGGCGGCGGCGGGAGCCCUGGGCCUCCUGUGGGGCUGGCUGUGGAGCGAGCGCUUCUGGCUGCCUCAGAACGUGAGCUGGGCGGACCUGGAGGGCCCGGGCGACGGCUACGGCUACCCGCGCGCCCGCCACAUGCUGUCGGUGUUCCCGCUGGCGGCGGGCGUCUUCUCCGUGAGGCUGCUGUUCGAGCGAUUUAUUGCCAAGCCCUGCGCACUCCAUGUUGGCAUUGAAGAUAGUGUCCUCUAUCAGCUGGAAUCCAAUGACACCCUUGAGAAGGUGUUCUUGUCUAUUACUAAGUACCCUGACGAGAAGAGGCUGGAAGGCCUGUCCAAGCAGCUGGACUGGGAUGUCCGAAGAAUCCAGUGCUGGUUUCGCCAUCGCAGGAGCCAGGGCAAGCCCCCAACGCUCACCAAGUUCUGUGAGAGCAUGUGGAGAUUCACUUUUUAUUUAUGUGUGUUCUGCUAUGGAAUUAGAUUUCUCUGGUUGUCGCCUUGGUUCUGGGACACCCGACAGUGCUGGCAGAACUAUCCAUAUCAGCCACUCUCCAGAGAGCUUUACCACUAUUAUAUCAUGGAGCUGGCUUUCUACUGGUCACUCAUGUUCUCUCAGUUUACAGAUGUUAAAAGAAAGGACUUCCUGAUCAUGUUUGUGCAUCACUUGGCCACCAUUGCACUUAUCACUUUCUCCUACAUCAACAACAUGGUUCGAGUGGGAACCCUGGUCAUGUGUCUGCACGACGCCUCAGACUUCCUGCUGGAGGCUGCCAAGCUGGCCAAUUAUGCCAAAUACCAGCGGCUCUGUGACACCUUGUUUGUGGCCUUCAGUGCAGUUUUCAUGGUGACUCGUCUUGGGGUCUAUCCAUUGUGGAUUCUGAACACAACCCUCUUUGAGAGUUGGGAAAUGAUUGGGCCCUAUCCCUCCUGGUGGCUCUUCAAUGGCCUUCUCCUGAUCCUGCAGGUUCUGCAUGUCAUCUGGUCUUACCUAAUUGCACGAGUUGCUUUUAAAGCCUUGAUCCGGGGAAAGGUAAGGUUCCCUAAAGGAUUAGACACAGACUCUGUACCUUCUGCUCUUUUUCCACCUCCUUCCUCUUUUCUAUGCCUGGUGGGAGCUGGACAGUUUCAUCCUUUGCAUGUGUCUAAGGAUGACCGCAGCGACGUGGAGAGCAGCUCGGAAGAUGAAGAGGAGAGCACCCACACACACAGCCUCUCAGGCAGCAGCUCCAGCAAUGGUGCCAACUGCGUGAAUGGCCACAUGGGAGGCAGCCACUGGGCUGAAGAGCAUGGGACUUGUAAGGCCACUGGCAGCCCACUCUUCAGGGCCUCCCCACAUCUACAGUCCUGAGACUAGAGGGACUACAAGGCACUGAGGGGAACCAAAGAAACAAAGGUUUCAUGUUUUAAAGAAACUGCCGUUUUGUAUUUAAUGCCCCUGGUCCUUUCAGUAAUGUUAUUUGCUCUGUGUUUUUUGUUUGUGUGUUUGUGCAUGUAUAUGCAUUGUGCAUAUGGACAAGCUUCAUCGACUGGGUUGGGGCACAGUUCUGGACUCUUAGGCCUUGCCCAGUCAAUUCUGAACCCACCUCAGAUCCAGCGUCAACUGCAUCUUGAAUUGCGCUGUCUGUCUCCAGACCACCUGUGUCCUUGGCCCAUGGCUCUGGAGGCUCUAAGCUUCUGUCCCUCUGAAUAAGGAGUGCCACCAGAGCUCCGCGCCUUGGGAACUGUUCUUUUGGAGCAGGAAGAGAGAUUUCACCUGAUGAAAGACUGGAGAGAUACCCAGGGUUGCUGUAGCCCUUCCUACCACCUGAUAAUGACAGGGCCAACUACUGAUGCCCUGUUUCUUAAUCAAUGGUACGAAGGGAGUGGGGUGGGAGAGGAUGAGCUGAGACAUGAGAACAGCAGCCACUAGUUGUGCUGUCAAGAGUUUUCUACUAUUGUUUACUCUUCUGUGAUUAAAGUGUUUCACCUCUC